AUGGCAGAUUUGGAGCGCCGUAACAAGCUAGAGGAGCUGAUUCGACAGAAGAACAAAGGCCGACCAGGAUCGUCAAGAUACGGCGACGACGACGAAGACGAUGCGGGUGGUUACCACAAUCAUCAGUAUGGUUACGACGACGACGACUUCAUAGACGAUGACGAUGGUGAUGGUUAUGGCGAUGGUUACAAGGAUAAACGGGGAGGGGGAGGGGGAGGAGGAGGCGGUGGAGGAAGAGGGGGGAGUGGUAGCGGGAGAGCUUAUGGCGGGAGUGACAGAAGAGAGCGGGACGAGUAUGACGGUUACGGGAACGGUCGGUCUGAGAGAGCAGGACGAGGAGACGGACCCUCGCAUGGCAGUGGCGAUCCGAAGAAGAAUGGAAGCAACUGGGGGUCGUUCUUCGGGCCUUCGAAGGUGGCGAUCGCCAAGACCGUGGUGGACGCGGAGCGGAUCCGACGGGAGGCUCAGGCCAUGGCCGCUCGCGAGGCCCAGCGGAAGCGCGAGGAGGCGGAGAAGGCACGCAGUGGCAACAAGGCGAGUGCGGCAGGGAGGCCUGCAGGGGCGAAGAAAGCACCAGAGGCGGCUUACCGGGACGACAGGAGGCUGCUCCUUGCUGAGGAAGAGGCGAAACGGAAGCGACUCAAGGAGAACCGGGACUUCUCCUUUCUGUUCUCAACAGAUUCCAAGCAGAAACCACCUCCCUCCCGGUCCCAAGUCACCCCGCCUAGACCGCACACAGCCCCUCCGAGAUCCCUCAGUACCCCUCCGCUUUCCAAGGACCAGUUUAGAGACCCGCCACGUCAGCAGCCGCCUUCACAUGUUGCGAAGUCUGCGAAGCCCGUGCCUGGCCGGCCGAUGGCUUCUACCGGACCUGACGGGCAGGUUCGGCGACCGAUGACUGCCGCCGGGCCGGACGCAAGGGUUCGGACUGAGGGAGGGGGGAGGAGGGUUGAAGAGGCUCGGGAUGUGGGGGGCCGGUGGGAUGAGAGGGAGAAGGGGAGGGAGAAGGAGAGGGAUAGAGGCAGGGAAAUGGAGAGGGAGAGAGAUAGGGAGAGGGGGAAGGAUGGUGGGAUGGGGAGAAUGAGAAACGAAAGCACUUCGCAUGGGAGUGGGGGUGGGCACCACCAUUCGCAUAAAGAGGGGCACAACGGCAGGCACAGCGAGAGAGAGCACGAGAGACACAAAGAGAGUCACUCCGACAGGCACACCGAGAGGCACCGAGAGGCACAUAAAGACGGUUACAGGGAAGGGCAAAGGGAGGGGCAAAGGGACCCUUACAGGGACUUUCACAACGACAGGAAUGGGGUGAAGGAACGGGAGAUUCCUAGGGACAGGGAUGCGCAUAAAGACAUGGACGGGCAUAGGGACAGGGGCGUGCAGAGGGAUGGAGAGGGGUACAGAGGGGCGGGCAGCAUCGGCCACAGCAGUGGGAGUACCCAGCAGCAACGGCCUGUAAACAGAGCAGCUGGCGCUGGUGCUGGUGCUGGUGCUGGUACAGGCGGGGGUUUUGGUGGUGGUUCCGGUGCUGGUGGAAUGGGGGCUGCAGGUGGGGGGAGAGGAGUAGUGAGGCCAGGGGAUGGUAGAGGGUCGGUAGGAAGGGGGAGUGUGGGCGGGAGAGGAGGAGUGGGCGCGGUGGGAGUCGGAGGGAGAGGAGGAGGAGGUGGAGGGGUAGGAGGGAGUGGUAGGAUAGGGAUAGGGGACAUUGUUCGAAGGGAUGGUGAUGGGAGGCGGUUGGAUGGGCGGGAUAAAGCAGACAGGGGGGGCCAUGGAGCGUAUGGGAUGAGUGGGCGGGGCGGGGGCUAUGACGAUCGGCCCGUCAAGAACCCGCAACCAGGUUCUGCCCCUCCCCACCGCACCCAACCGCCCCCUAUGUCAAACAAACCGCUUGGCUCUGCACCAGCCAGACCUGCUGGCAUGGCUCGGCCCAAGCCAGGGAUGGAGGUUCGGAGAGAUCCGGGUCGAAUGGGGGCACAGAGAGAAGCAGAUAGAGGCCUUCUUAGGAGGGAUGGAGAGAGGAUGGGGGGGAGGGGAGGGGGCGAAAGGAUGGGAGGUAGAGGAGGAGGUGAUAGAUUUGGAGGGAGGGGAGGAGGGGAGAGGGGAGCAGGCGGAAGGGGAUUGCCAGUUAAGAGGAGGAGAGAGGAGGAAGAGGAGGAUGAGGAGGAGGAGGAUUCGUUUGUUGUGGGGAGUGAUGAGGAUGAGGAGGAGUAUGGGCGGAGGGGAGGGAGAGGAGGAGGACUACUGGGCAGUUCCAUUCUGAGCAUGUUCAGGCGCAACCACAGGGAGAACCACAUGGGGCCGGCAUAUGACAGCGACGACGACGAUAACAUGGAGGUCGGGUUCAGCCAGCUGAUGGCGGAAGAAAGGAGAAGGUGA